CAUUCAAUAUUAGCCUGCAUUAUUUGUUGUUCGUGUACCAAGCUUGGCCCCCGCACCUCUGUAAUUUUUGUGUAUGUUCAUUUAUAUCAUGUUUUUUCACUUACAACCACUUGAGCCAUUCUACAUUUCUACUUUUACCGCCUCAACUUCAUUUCACGGUACAUCAGUUAGUCCUAUAUAGACUGUAGAUGGAGAAUCAAAAGUUUAGUGCAUAUAGUAAUAAACCCAACAUACUAAGCUAGAAAUAGUAAUGGCUUCUUCAGAUUCAUUACUCAUCAUCGUGUUCUUCUACUUGCUGAAGCUUAUUGUAACCACUGGUCCUCUGUUCUUCUGCGAAGCCGUGGCAAUAACUAUGGCGCCGCCACCACCUGAAAACGGAACAGUUGGUAGAGGAAGAACUUCUUCAGCUGUCUUCGUAUUUGGGGACUCGAUUCUUGAUACCGGCAACAACGAUCAUAUCGCAACUUUGAUCAAGUCCAACUUCCCUCCCUAUGGAAGGGAUUUUCCAGGAAGAAUUCCCACCGGUAGAUUCUCCGAUGGAAGGCUCAUUUCGGACUUCAUAGUUGAAAGUUUGAAAAUCAAGUAUCUUUUACCGCCUUAUCUCGAUUCGAAUCUCCGAGCUGAGGAUCUCAUAACGGGAGUGUGUUUUGCUUCUGCUGGCUCUGGUUAUGACCCCAAAACACCAAAGAUAUUAUCGGUCAUAUCAAUUCCAGACCAACUCAAUUUCUUCCAACAGUACGUAGGGAAGAUGAGAAGCCUAGUGGGGGAGCAGAGAUCAAACGACGUCGUUGAAAACAGCCUCUAUGUAAUAUCAUGUGGCAACAACGACGUCUUACUGACCACUUUGUUUCAUACCAGAACAAAGUCGUCGGAAAUGGUUUCAUACGCUGCCUUUCUCGCCGGCCAAGCUUCCGCCUUUCUCAGGGAACUGUACGGACAGGGAGCUCGAAAGAUAGUUCACCUGAGUGCAUUAACGACGGGAUGUAUUCCUGCCUUCAGAACUUUGCUCGGCGGAGUACAGAGGCAAUGUUCCGACGAGUCCAACGAGCUGGCCGUGAUGUUCAACGAGAAGCUCAGCGACGAAAUUCAGCGACUAAACGAUGACGUUUUGCUUCCUGACUUGACCGUCCAGUUUGUUGACAUGUACACGCCUUUUUUCGAUAUCAUUAGGCGUCCUGAAAACUAUGGGUUUGUUGUGACGAAGGAGGGGUGCUGUGGGACAGGAACGAUAGAGUUUGGAUUUCUUUGCAAUCGAUGGAGCCCUUCUACUUGUGCCGACAAUUCAAACAAGGAGGCCGAAGCCAGAGAAACAGACAACAAGGUACAGGGGAGGAGAAUCAAGAAAUGGAAGAAGGGGAGUUCGCCACAACCCGGCGUUCAAAAGUAACCCCCAUCAAAUCGUCCAUAAUAAGAGGAACCACUCCCAGAGGCGGGUCAACCAGCUCAUGCAUCCCAUAGGGAUAGACGAGACUGUGCUUCGAGAGCCAGUCCGCGACUCUAUUCCCUUCACGGUAUGUAUGAGACAGGUUGACCAGCCAGUCCUGACUGAGCUUCCUACGGACGAGACCCAACAGAGUAGCAUAAGGGUGAAUGGGAUCCUGCCGAUCCUGAAUAAGCUGAAUCGCUAACUGAGAGUCCGAAGCGAGCUUCACCACUCGGAACCCAAGCUUCCAAGCCAGCUCUAACCCAUGAAAAAUAGCCCAAAGCUCCGCCAAAGCUGCCGUUGCUGUUCCGAUGUUCACGACAAAACCACCAAGCCAGUUCCCCAUCGCAUCUCUGAUCACACCCCCCGCGCCGGCCGGCCCAGGGUUGCCAUUCGAAGCCCCGUCUGUAUUCACCAUCACCCACCCCUGGCUAGGAGGAGUCCACCCAAUGUCCGCCACCACGCGCUCUGCCCUUCUGUUCCUGUGGCUGGACAGCAAGUCUGGCGCAUGGGGAGAGGAGACAUAUGUAUUCUGAGUAUUAAAUCAAGUGAAACGGUGAAGAAGUUGUCUUGUCUCUAUCACACCACAUCAAGAAGAUACUUGCUCAAUUACAUAAUGAAAAUUGUUGUGAGUU